AUGGUACAAGCUGCUCGCGAUUUCGUGUACAAGUCUGGGUACGCAGUCGAUGGAACCACUGUGGGAAAUCUUCUCUCCAGUGAGUCUUGGGUCCCAACUAUAAAUGUCUUUGCACAAAAGCUUGGUCCUUUUGGGUUUGACCCGUUUGGUAUGCUAGUUGUUGAUUUUAUGCACAAGGUCGAGUUGGGGACCUGGAAGGGUCUCUUUACCCAUUUAGUUCGCCUUCUAUAUGCCCUUCCAAAAGGCGCCGAAGCUAUAACUAGGCUUAACAAAAGACAGAUGCGGGAGUUAGAGAAGGAAUCAGUGUUGGCUCCAGUUGGCACUGAAAAACUUCUGCCUCCAGACCCACACCUUCAUCACCAACUAUCUCACCACCGCAAUUCUCCUGUGCAUAUACACAAACUACUUCAGGACAACAAAGAUGAUCCAGUGUUUAAGCAAUUCAUCCCCAAACUCAAGGAUCACGUAUUGCGUUGCUUAUGGGCGCAAGAUAGUGAUGGCCCCGCUGAAUUUUCUAGUGACGACAGAAACAACAUUGUCAUAUGUGACUGUAUUUUGUUCUCUGUCAAUACACUACGUGUCAACUAUACCUCAUAUGAUCUACAAUGCGAGCAAGAUCUGAUUAACCCCCACAACCACGCUGAUAUCAUGCUAUUGUCGGGUGAUUCCAGAUCCUGUUCGACCCAUCCCUACUGGUAUGCUCGAGUGCGGCACAUAUUCCAUGUCAAUGUACUCGACCUACGAUCGGGUGGAGUGAAUGCACAGAAAACUCAAAUGGAGAUCUUAUUUGUCAGAUGGUUUGAUCCAGUUCAACACCACCAUUCUGGGAUUAAAGCAGCUCGUCUCCCCAAAGUUGCCUUUGUACCCGAGAUUGAUGACUCUGUGUUCGGCUUUGUUGAUCCUGCCUCAGUGGUUCGUGGGAUACACCUGAUCCCAGCAUUUGCAGAUGGAAGGGUCCAGUCUACACUGCAGCAAAAGUCUGCAGGAUGCAUAUGGAGAGAGGAUGACGAAUGGACCUCAUAUUAUGUUAACAUUUUCGUUGAUCAUGAUAUGUUCGUUCGUUUUACUAGCACUGGUGUUGGUCACGGACCUUGGAGAGUCGAGCAGAAUGAGAUAGUUAGCAGGGAAGAUGAGGAGAACAAAGUGAGAGAGGACGGUGGUGAUGAGGGUGAGGAGAGUAAUGACGAUGAGGAGACUGAUAAUGAGGAGGAGACUGACGAGGGGGAGGAGACUGAAAAGGAGGAGGAGACUGACAAGGAGGAGGAUAGUGAGGAGGAUAGCGAGGAGGAGGAGGAUCACAUGGAGGGUCUUACUGACAAGGAUACUGACGAGGAUGUGAAUUUUUGA